UCCAAUGUUUGAACAAGAAGCCAAAAACAUUGACAAAUAAAUUUUGAGAGGACAAUAAAGUAUAUGCCUUUUGAGGUCACAUUCCUCAAUCAAAGAGGAGGCCUCUGUUUUCCUCUGUUCCCAUGAAAUCUAAUUCAAAAACAAUCCCAAAUCCAAUCUAUUUUCUUCAAUCCUCCCCAUGGCAGAGAACAACAAGCCUUCAGAAAUCAAAGAUUUCCAAAUCAUGAUUUCAAAUAAAGAUGAUAGCAAUAAAAAGCAAUUAGCACCAAAAAGAAGCUCUAACAAAGAUAGGCACAAGAAAGUUGAUGGCAGAGGAAGAAGAAUAAGGAUGCCAGCUUUAUGUGCUGCCAGAAUUUUCCAAUUGACAAGAGAAUUAGGCCAUAAAUCUGAUGGAGAAACAAUCCAGUGGCUAUUACAACAAGCGGAGCCAUCGAUUAUAGCUGCAACAGGUACUGGGACAAUUCCUGCAUCGGCUCUUGCAGCUGCAGGGGCCUCUGUUUCGCAACAGGAGAACUCUGUUUCAACAGGAUUGCAGACAAAGAUGGAAGGGUUAGGACAGACUAUUGGGUCAAGAGAAAGGGCGAAUUGGACAAUGAUGACUAGUAAUUUGGGAAGAUCUAAUUUAUCAGCUGCGGUAUGGCCUUCUGUUGGUGGAAUUGGGACAGGGUUUAUUUCAAAUUCUGGCCAGUCAGCAACCAAUUUCGGAAAUGAAAGCUCAAAAUUUGGAUUCCAUGGAAUUGAAUUCCCAAAUAUUAACAUGGGUUUAAUGAGUGUUUACUCUAUGUUUAGCGGUGCUAAUCAACAAUUUCCAGGUUUAGAACUUGGGCUUUCCCAAGAUGGGAAUAUAGGGGUUUUGAAUUCUCAAGCUUUGAGUCAGUUCUACCAGCAAAUGGGACAGAGCCGCCCUGCAGGCCUAAAUUCCUUUAAUCAGCAGCAGCAGCAACAACAACAAGAAGAACAGCCUCCUGAUAAGGAUGAUUCUCAAGGAUCAAGGCAAUAGAAAAUGGAAGAGCUUUCUUAUGAUUAUAUAAUAGUUCUUGUCUUCUGUAGACAAGAAAUUAGUGAGUGAAAGAUUGAAAAUGGAUCGGAAAUGCUCAAUAGUUUUCUUACCAGUAAUUUCAUCCAAAAAGAAGAACAGGGUGAAAGAGAACUUGGUUUGAAGAUUGCAAUUUGAGUUUCUUUCAUAUAAAAUUUUUUGCGGAAUGUGUUAUAUAUAAUUACAACAAAAUGUUUGUACUAUUAAGUAUGUCUGUUUUCUUUCUCUUCUUGCUUAUUUGAAUCAAAGUAAUAAUCUUUUUCUUGAAUAUACAAACUUGACGA